GUUAGAUGUAGCAAGGCAGGCUUUGGAAUUGCACAGUGUAACUGGAAUUUGAGGCCUGACGCCAUUAUUUACUAAAUCCUUCUGGAUGACUUACUAAAUCUCUCUGAGCCUUAUCUUUCUCAUCUGCUUAAAUGGGAGAUAAUGCUAUCAUUAUAGCAUAUAUAUGAGAUAAGCAUGCAAAACCACCCAGUAUGGUAUCAGACGUAUGGUAGGUGCUUAUUUAAGAAUAAUAGUAGUUGUUGUUAGGAUUAUUUUAGGUAUUUUAGUAGUGGUAAGUAACCAGUAAAAUAUGUAGUCACUGUUAAUGAGAUGACAUAUUUAAUAUAGCAUCUUUGUUAAUAGUGUUUAAAACUAGUUAAGAUCUUCCGAUUUACCUGAGCGGGCGGGGAAACCCGCCCCAUGAGGAUCCCCUGGGCUCGCCCAGUGCACAGGGGAAGCGUCCCGUGGCUGGGCCCCUCUUGGUCAGCCCAUGCAGCCGCCAUGACCUGGAGCAUCACAGCCGGGGGUGCCCACCAGCUCAAUACCACCACAUUCACGCGGCAGCGCUUCCCCGCCUGGCAACCGCUGCUGUUGGCCAGCAUUACGCUGCAGCUCUUCUACGUGGGCCUGGCCUUCUAUUACUCCUCCAACAGCAUCAAGGAGCUGGAGUACAACUACACUGGCAGCCCGGGCACCAGCAACUGCUCGGUGUGAACUGCAGCUGGCCAGGGCUGUGCGCCACCGCCCACCUGCUCAUGCGCCUGGUACUUCUCACUGCCUGAGCUCUUCCAGGGCCCCGUGUACCCCUACUACGUGCUGACCAACUUCUACCAAAACAACCGGUGGUAUGGAAUGUAUGACAACGCGCAGCUGAGCAGGCUGCCCAGCACGCUGCACUACCCGGUCAAUGAGUGCACCCACUGCGCCGCCUGCCCAUUGGCACCCUGCACCAUCAUUACCAACAGCCUCUUCAACGACUCCUCCUCGCUGUGACACCAGCGCCGGCGCGGGCCCUACGUGGAGGUGCCGCACUACCGCACUGCAUGCAUCGCCUGGUAGACCAACAACUAUCCCAUCAAGUUCUGCAACCCGCCACUGGUCAACGGCAGCCUGGCACUGGCCUUGCAUGGCACGGCACUCCCGCCCAACUGGCACCGGCUGGUCUACGACGAGCUCAGCCCCAUCCCCAACAACACUGGCUUCAUCAACCAAGACUUCGUGGUGUGGAUGCACAUAGCAGCGCUGCCCUCAUUCCGCAAGCUGUAUGCAGACAUCCACCGGGGCAACUACUCAGCUGGGCUACUACGGGGUGUCUACUGUGUCAACAUCACCUACAACUACCCGAUGCGUGCAUUUGGCGGCCACAAGCUCCGCAUCUUUAGCAGCAUCUUGUGGAUGGGUGGCAGGAACCCCUUCCUGGGCAUCGCCUACCUGAUCAUCAGCUCCCUCUGCAUCCUCACCGGCUUUGUCAUGCUGAUCAUCUACAUUUGCUACCAGGACCAACCAGAACGAUGA